CAUGCAACCCCAGGUCUGGAGCUGAAGGUCGCGAAACAAAAGACGCAAGCUCAUGUAAUCUGCCUAAUAUGCUUAGGACGUACGGCUUGCCAAGGGGAGGCUGGAGGUCACUACUACUGACAGUUCCUCGGUCGUUCUGGCCUGAGCUUAACAUUGCGCUCAUACUUCUUCCCUAUCCGCUCCAAUAACACGUCGCUGCUGCCGUCGUACCAUUCGUAGAUCGUGCAGGUAACACACAGGGACUCGUGGACAAGACACAAACAGCUACGCGACAACACCUACACCAUGGUUGAGCUACGCAAACGCAAGACGCCCCCUCCAGCGCCUGUGCGCCCAGCUAAGAAGGCGUCUGCGCCUAAGGGCAAGAAAGCUGCAAACGAGAAGACAGUCGUCGAGCAGGCUACCGAAGUUGUCACCGAAGCUGCAGCAGUCGUUACCGAGGCCGUGACUGAUGCUGUCGAGACUGCGAAGGAGGCUGUUGCUGACGCGACCAACGGCGAGAGCAAGCCAGCGGCUGCUGCUGCUUUAUCCACUGGUGCACCCAAGGUGGGUGACACGAUUGAUCUCACCAACUUUGGUGGAGAGAUUGAGACACACGAUGGAAAGAAGACUACGCUUGCGAAGCUUGUAGAGGAGAGCAAGGGCGGUGUCGUGCUGUUCACGUACCCCAAAGCCUCCACACCAGGAUGCACUACACAAGUCUGCCUCUUCCGCGACUCGUACGCGCCCCUCACCGCGACCGGCUUCAGCAUCUUCGGCCUUUCUAACGACAGCCCCAAGGCGAACACCACCUUCAAGACUAAGCAGAACCUCCCUUACAGCCUGUUGUGCGAUCCCUCGCAGACACUCAUUUCGGCGAUUGGUCUGAAGAAGGCACCUAAGGGCACUACUCGGGGUGUCUUCGUGGUAAACAAGGAAGGCAAGGUGCUGGCCUCUGAGCCCGGCAGCCCUGCUGGAACCCACAAGGUCGUACAGAAUCUUGUGGCUGGUAGCGGCGAUGUCAAGAGUGAUGACAUCAAGGCUGCAGAGACCGCUGCUGAGGUCGCUGAUACGGCGGCCAAGGUUGACAGCAACGAGGCUUGAGAAAAGUAGAAACUUGCGUGUAGUUAGAGGCCUCUCACAUGAUUCUCUUUCUCAUAAUGUUGCACACAGAACAUCCUACUGCCGACUGUUAUUGCGAGUGUCUGCUUACCUCAUCUGGCGCAAUUAUUGCACGCCCUUAAGUGCCAUUCAUUUUGCUUGAUCAGCACGGUCAUGCUGGGUUUUAUGCAGGUGGGCGCAGAUAAGUAUAAGCAUCUGAGACUUCACGCCGCAGCAUUAACGCCCG